AGAUUUUCGGAUCUGCUCUGCUCUGCCCUGUCCUUCCGCGAUCUGCUCUUGCCGGUGGAGUGUUUCCCGGUUUUCUGUUGCCGUGAGUCUCCCCUUGCUUUCCCCCGUCAGCUUCCUUCCCAGCCGGACCCGGUGUUGCUCGCCGGAAUUUUCUGGUACUUGAUUAUCCUGCACCCUAGCACUUGGGAUUAGUGUUCGAGUUGGUGCGAUUUGAGUCAUGAUUACUGACGCCUGCUAGUGGGAGCUGUAAACGCUAGCACAUGUCGACAUGUAUUUCUGUAGAACUGGUUCACCCUGCCAAUGGGUGGGAGUUGUUAAACACUGGUACUUCUGAAACCCUGCCAAUGGGGAUAAACAUUGGUUAUUACUAACGUCUGCCAAUGGGAGUUUGUUAAACACUGGUACUAUUACUGACACCUGCCAGUGGAAGUUUGUUAAAAACUGGCCAUGACUUAUAGAUGAGACUACUGAUGAGUUUUAUUAUGCAUGAAUGGUUUAGCAUUGAAAGUUUAUCAUUGAAAGUUUGUUAUAUUAAACUGUUUAUCUGGCAUGCUUAAAAUUUUUAUUAAGGGCUAUCCAUAUUUUUACUUACUGAGAUAUUUUAUCUCACCUCGUUUUCCUUGUCCACCAUUUGAGGUAGUGAUUCCCGACAUGUGGGGAGCCGGGCGAGUGACGAGCUAGACGGCUAGGCAUUAUUUGGAUUUAGAUAUUUUGGAGUUAGGUCGCUAGUCUCUCAUGGGUGACCAUUUUGUGUACAGAGUUUUCUGGGUUAUAGCCAUAAUCGUUAUAAACUUUUGUGUAUCUG